AUGAAUUUAGCAAUUUCAUCUAGUUCAGAAGAAGAAUCCUCAUAUAAUGCUAAAGAAUAAGACAGAAUAUUAAAGAAUUCAAACAUUUUUAAAUAGAAAGCCAACUCUCAUUUGAAUUGCUUGAAACAUCCAAACAAAAAAGUAUGAAACAAUUACAAUUAUUAUAUAUAGGCUAAAUAUUAUGCUUAAGUCGAUAAGAGAACAUUAUUUUGUUCUAAAUGUGCUUUGAAUUUAGCAUUGAAGGGUCAUAAAAUUGAAGAGAGUGCUGGAACAGAGUUAGAAUUCUAAAGACAAAUGAGAAUUAAUUAAUUUUAAGAAUUGAUGAAAUAAACUUUAUAAGCUUGCAAUUUUAAAAUAAUAGACUUUAAUAACUUGUAAAUAAGUCAAAAGUAAUUGCUUGAAGAUUAAAAAGCAAAUUGUAUAAGAUUUUUUGAAUAAGUGAUUGAAACAGCUCAAUAAUUAAAAUAAACAUAUAUUCAAAAAUUUUAACAUGAUCAUUCAAUUUUAGAAUAGAAUAUUUUGGAUUGUUAAUAAGCUGUUACAAAUUAUGAAAAACAAUUAUAAUAAUUUUAAAUUGAUAUUGAAAAAAAUCAUUCAAAUAUAGUAAAAAAAAUGGAAAUGAAACCUUUUGAAGAUAUAAUGCAAAGAUAUGAGAAAAGAGUAAAAAAUAUUUAACAAUUAUUAUCAGAAAUGAAAUUAGAUAAUAGUGUAAAAAUAAAUUAAUUUGAGCAAUCUUAAAUUUUAACAUUUAUGAAUAAAAUGUGUUACAAUAUAUUAUUGAAUGAUACAUCACAAUCAAUAAAAUCUAGAAGCAAUUCAAUUAAUAAUAAUAAUAAUAAUCCUUCAAUUGAUAUGAAAGCAUUUGAUAUUUUAGAAAAUGAUGAUAUCUAUUAAAGUACAUUCUCGAAUACAAUUAAAGAUAACAAUAGCUAAAAUCCUCCAUCUCCAAUCUCUAAAUUGCCAAUUUAUAAAAAUAAUGGAUCUAAUCCUAUUUCUACAAUAUAAAAUUCUAGAAGAGAAAGUAACUCAAACACUCCAGAAAGUUGGAAUCAUACUAAUAUACAAAAUUGUGAUCAAUAAUCAUAGAUUCCCUUAUAAGCAAAUAGUCAUAAUGUAAGUUUGAUUGAAUAACCAAUAUUAAUCAAUUAAUAAUAAUAAUAACAUUGUGUUUAAGAUAGAGUAAAAUAAACAAAUGAUAAUCCAUAAAUAUCAUCUAAUGAACAAUAGAAAAAUUUAGAGAUAACACCUUUAAUUUAUUAGAAGAGUUAAUCCAUCUUACCAUAAUCAAUUAAAAUUUACAAUAGUUAAAGAAGUAAUAUUAUUUAAUAUAUGCUUAGAUUAAUAUGAUUCUAAUAAUAAUAAUAAUAAUAAUAAUAAUAAUAUUAAUAAUAAAUCUCAAGAUUAAAAAUAAAGAAAAAAACAGACAUCUGUAGAUUAUUUUGAACAAAAACGAUUUUAUAUUCUAAAUCAAAAUCAAUAAAAACCAUAAUAAUAAUAAUAAGAAGAUUCAUUGAAGGAUAGAAUAUUUAAAGAAUUAAGUGGACAUUCCAGCGAAUCCGUUUAUAAUUAAGUUUUAAAAAUUAAUAAUACAUAACAAAAAAUUAAAAAGGGAAAAGAGAAUACUCAAAUUGAUUGGACUGGUAGUUUAAAAUAUAAGUAAAAUUUAUUAAUAAAAAAAUGA